AUUUGAUCUAGCACGAGGCACGAUUGGAACGGUGGCGAGACAACCCAAACAGGUGGAGGCAACACGAUCAGAACAGAAUUCAAUCCACCGGUCAAAACGCGAAGAUCGAGGAGCUAUAGGCGUUUAAUUGCCAGUCAUGGAGGUUCCGUACCGCUGCUUGGUGCCAGCGGAUUCCGUGUCCUUCAUCAUCGGCAAAGGGGGUGCCACAAUCAGGCAAAUGAGCGAAAUGUGUGGUGCUACGUUAUCUAUUUUGAAGGAUGGAGAAGCACCGGCCACUCUUGCGGACAAGAUUGUGAUUAUCGCUGGUUCAACACAAGCAAAAGACGCGGCAUGCCGUGAGGUAGUGCGUAAACUGCGGCAGAUGCAGGGUGUCACUGACAUGGAGCCAGGAGUUUUCGUGAUCAUCAUCCCGCAGAUAUCUGUGCCAGUGGUGAUUGGCACCAAGGGUGCCCAGAUCAAGGCCAUUAUGGAGAAGUCCGGUGCUGAAAUCAAUGUGGGUCGGGAGGCCAUUAUUGGCAUGCCGGACCAGCCCAUCAGCAUCAAUGGCACUGUGGAUCAGGUUGUUAUGGCAGUCUCAGGUGUCAACAGCGUGCUCCAGGACAUGAUGGACCGGGGGAAGUUGAGGGACACCGACUUCCGAAAGGUGGAUCCAUCAGCCCCUACCAUGGCUCCAAUGGCUCCCAUGGCACCAGCUCCAUCUGGUGGCGACCAUGCCGUGCCCCGCAGUCAGCCUGGUGGCCCCGGUGGCCCCGGUGGCCCCGGUGGCCCUGGUGGCUAUGGAAAUGGCACCGCUCAGCCAAUGUCGAUGUCCGGUGCCAAUGGCACCAAUGGCUCCAAUGGCUCCCAAGUGCCACCGAGCAGUGGCCAUUCAGGUGGUAACCCGGGAAAUGCUGGAAUGGGAAACAGUGAGGAAGCAUUCUUCUCAGCACUGCAGGCUUCGGGCAUCAAUUCGGCGGAGUUGACCCUCCUUUUGCCCUCGGAGCUUCUGCACAACGUGUUGGUGCCUAGGGGCAUUAUGAGCGAAGUAGCUCAGAGGUCUGGAUCAAGGAUUGAUGUUGGAGAAGAGGGUCCCGCGAAAAUGCUCCAGGUGACAUUGCACGGGCAAAUGGUGGGCAAUGCAAUGGCUGCCUUGUUGCUACAAGAGAAGGUACUUGAAUUCCAGCAAAUGCACUAAGUUGGCAGAAGCAUAAAAA